AUGGCUGACAUUCUUACCCCCAUUUCCACUGCUUGUUCCAAGGUGGGAAAAUGGAAGGUUCUAUGUGGCGUGGUCAUUGACACGAUGGGAAUACGCAAGUCAGGGGGCACGUCACUUUCUAUCACAUUCACCAUCAGAGACGAUGACUUCGAUAAAUCAUGGCGAGACCCGGGGAGCCUCAAAGUGAGAAUCUUCCAUGACAAUGAGACUUGUCUUCCCGAUGUUCGACUUGACGAUGUGGUAUUGAUACGAAACAUGCGGGUAAGUGUGUCUAGGUUCAAGAUGAACCCACGCUCACUCAAGUUUCAGACAAAAGAUGUGAGGGGAGAAUUGAUGGGAAGUGUAACCUCAUUUGAAAAUGCUCCAUGGAUCAUAUUUCGACCAGAGCCAGGCCCAGGCUCCAGCCCGUUCGUCAUUAGUGGCCCAGUCCCUUUCAAGCCGAGUUUGUGGGAAGAGAAUCAGGCGCAAUCACUCUUGGACCGCCGCGGAUCUGCUGGCAGCAAAAACGUGGUGCAGCAAUCUGCAUCUCGCUAUGAAUCAGAUGCCGGCCAAAUCAUUCAGGUCCAGGCCUCUCGUGGCGCCCCUACAACCCCGGCAGCCCCCAAGGGCUGGGGUGGUCUUCCAUACUGUCUUGUCAAGGAUCUGGUGGCUAACAGCUUUUGCCAAUUGCUUGGGCAAGUUGUGAAGAUGAAAACAUAUGACAGCGAAAAAUGUCUGCUUUACAUGACGGACUUUACUGAAAAUGAGAACCUUGCCGAGUACAAAAAACCGGGAGAAGAUGACGAAGGUGUUGAUGGUGAUGAAUACAAUUACAUGAAGAGGAAAUACAACAAUGACUGGCCAGGUCCUUGGGGCAAGCAUGUUAUUGAAGCUGUAUUGUGGGAGCCGCAUGCUAAAUUUGCUCGGGAAUCCCUCAAAACAGGAGAUAUUGUUCUGCUGACAUAUGUCCGACCCAAAGAAGCACGUUAUCUGGAAGUUGCUGUUCAUGAGGACAGGAAGUUCCCAGACAAGAUCCAUGUCCGCAUUUGCAACAACCACAAUGACGAGCACGUCCAAGGGUUGAUGAACCGACGGGCUGAGUACUGGAAGAUUCACGGCGAGCCAAAGAAGGACGCCAAGAAAGAUGCCAAAAAGACGAGCAAGCAAGCCAAAAAAGCACAGGCGCAAAAAAAGAAGUCCAAAAAGAAGAAGGCCAACUUACACUACCAACAUCAACCCGAACCAAGAAGAAUGCAAACGGUGAUCAAAACAAGAACGUACACCACGGCCAUCAGCCCUCUUGAGAAAAUCAUCUUGGCCGAAAGCCACACAAAUCAUGGACCCGGUGGUGUUGUCUAUCAGCUUCCGUUCCAAAACAUCCAUUACAGAUCUACAGCUCGGGUUAUCGAUUUCUUCCCUCCUAACCUGGAAGACUUCGCGGUCCAAACAGUUUGUGCCCCUUUGUACACCAGCCAGGACUCUGCAACUGAGCCUUCUAUUGAGUGGCAAUGGCGUUUCUGCCUACUCGUCGAAGGGAUUGGGCCCAAACAACCUAAUCAACAGCACCGGGAGCCUGUAAAGCUUUAUGUGGUGGGCCAGGAUGGUGAUUGUCUCUUCAACGAGGAAGCAGCAGACCUCCGCAGCCAUCCGCGAAGAUUGUCUCGAAUGCGAGAAAAGCUGUUUCUCCUCUGGGGUAACCUUGAAGAGCAAAAAAUGAAGGCCAUGGCUUCUGGCAGCCAAACUUGGGGACCAGUGAGUUCGGUACCAUUCGAAUGUUGCAUCAAGGAGUACGGGGUGCCGUGUACUCACAGUAAAGAUUCCAAUGCGAUGGACAUUGAUGACGAGGCUUGCGUUCAAACUGGUUGCUUUGGAUGGGAGAGACGUUUUGCCCUCUUUGGCACCACUAUCCAUGAAGCAUGA